AUGACUAACAGAACGUCGUAUUUUUAUGACCCUGACGUGGGUAACUUUCAUUACGGUGCUGGUCAUCCUAUGAAGCCCCACCGAUUAUCCCUGACUCACAGCCUGGUGCUACACUAUGGACUCUACAAGAAAAUGAUGGUGUUCAAACCAUACAAAGCAUCCCAGCACGACAUGUGUCGCUUCCAUUCUGAAGAUUACAUUGAUUUCCUGCAGAAGGUCAGCCCCAACAACAUGCAGGGCUUUACCAAGAGCCUUAACACUUUCAAUGUUGGAGAUGACUGUCCGGUCUUUCCAGGUCUUUUUGAGUUCUGCUCUAGAUAUACAGGAGCCUCUUUGCAGGGUGCCACUCAACUCAAUCACAAGAUCUGUGACAUAGCUAUCAACUGGGCCGGAGGUUUGCACCAUGCUAAAAAGUUUGAGGCGUCGGGAUUUUGUUACGUCAAUGACAUAGUCAUCAGUAUACUAGAGCUUCUCAAAUACCACCCAAGGGUCCUGUACAUUGACAUCGACAUUCACCACGGUGACGGCGUGCAAGAAGCCUUUUACCUCACCGAUCGUGUCAUGACCGUGUCAUUCCACAAAUAUGGCAAUUACUUUUUCCCUGGGACAGGAGACAUGUAUGAGGUCGGAGCAGAAAGUGGCCGCUACUAUUGCCUCAAUGUUCCUCUCAGAGAUGGCAUUGACGACCAGAGCUACAGGCAGCUUUUCCAGCCGGUUAUUAAGCAGGUGGUGGAUUUUUACCAGCCUACUUGCAUUGUUCUACAGUGUGGAGCGGAUUCUCUAGGCUGUGACAGGUUGGGCUGCUUUAACCUCAGUAUACGAGGACACGGCGAGUGUGUGGAGUUUGUGAAGAGCUUUAAGAUUCCUCUGUUAGUUCUGGGAGGAGGCGGAUACACUGUUAGGAACGUUGCUCGAUGCUGGACAUUUGAGACAUCUCUAUUAUUGGAUGAAUCUAUAAGUGAUGAGCUGCCAUACAGUGAGUAUUUUGAAUAUUUCGCUCCAGACUUCACACUGCAUCCUGAUGUCAGCACCAGAAUAGAAAACCAAAACUCCCGACAGUAUUUGGAGCAAAUCCGUCAGACGGUGUUUGAGAACUUGAAGAUGUUGAAUCACGCACCCAGUGUCCAGAUCCACGAUGUGCCCUCGGACAUGCUGAGCUACGAACGCACUGAUGAGCCCGAUCCUGAUGAGAGGGGAGGCGAGGAAAACUACACGCGGCCAGAAGCAGCUAACGAGUUCUACGAUGGUGACCAUGACAACGAUAAAGAAAGUGAUGUGGAAAUUUGA